GCCCGUGGCCGAAGCUUUAGGGUGUCAAGAGGGGUUAAUGAUUGAAAAUAGUAUUUCGGCAAUAAUAUUUAUAAAAUGGGCGCUACAACUCCAAACGAACAAGAAAUACGCGAAAGAUUUCAAGAAUUGUGUGCGGACUUAAAUAUGGACGGAAGUGCUACUGACGAAGCGUGGCAAUCUUUCCUUAGGAUCAGCAAUACAUAUACUCUUGAGGGUGAAAGCUUACAUUGGUUGGCGUGUGCCUUAUAUGUUGCUUGUCGAACGUGUGCUGUGCCUACUGUAAUCAAGGGCAGUUUUGUUGAAGGCAAUUGUGUCUCUUUAACUAGGCUGCUCAGAUCCUGCAAAUUGAGCUUAGUACAUUUUUUUAGCAAAAUGAAAAAAUGGGCCGACAUGGCCAAUCUACCUAAAGAUAUGAGAGAUAAAGUUGACAGACUGGAAAGAAGCUUUAAUGUCUCCACGGUCAUUUUCAAAAAGUUUGAACCCAUAUAUCGUGAUAUUUUCAAGGAUCCCUUUAAAGAUCCGCCUCGUCCUGUGAGAAGUAGGAAGCAAAGACGACUGCCUUGUACCUCCUCAGAAGUGUUUUCCUUUUGUUGGACAUUAUUUAUCAGAGUUAAAGGUAACUUUCCUGCAAUAUCAGAAGACCUUGUUAAUUCUUUUCAUUUAUUAUUAUGUUGUGUUGACUUCAUGUACAGCAACGCCUUAUUAGCUGAGAGGAAGGAUCUACUCAAUCCUGAUUUCAUUGGACUCCCUCCAAAUUUUGGGACAAAGGAUUUUUUAGUUCCAUUUGAACCCCCAUGUCUUAUCGAAUUGCUCUGCAAUAAACACCAAGGUAUUCCUGCUGAAGCAAAAGGUAUCAAAGAACAUUGGUGGAAGCCUUACAUUAAAAAAUUGAUGGAAAAAAAGCUUCUCAAAGGGAAAAUAGAAUCGCUCAUGGGCUUACUAGAUACUCAAAAUUUUGAACUCAAUAGCAAAGCUAUAAAUAAAGAAUAUGAAGAGCACGUUCUUAAUGUUGGUGAUUUUGAUGAACGUAUUUUUCUUGGAGAUAAUGCGAAUGAAGAGAUUGGAACACCUGCAAAGCAGAAUUAUUUACAAUCUAGGUUAUCGGAGCUUGCCAAUAAAAUGGCAAAUCCGGAAGCAAGAGGAAAUUUGCACCAACACAUGCAAGAGACAAGAACUUUGUUGCCUUCUACGCCUUUAACUGGACGGAAAUACUUAAAAGACAAAGAAUCUGCCUAUGUUACUCCAGUUACAACAGCUACGCAGAGCGUGAGUCGAUUACAAGCACUUUUAGCAGGAAGAAAGGCUGCUCCAUCUGAAGGAUUAUUGAAUAUAUUCAGAGAAUGUAGCAUCAAUCCUGAAGAAAAGAUAUUAGCUCGUGUCAAAGAGAUGGGAGAGACCUUUUGUACUUGUUACGCAAUGCCUUCUGAAGAUCAUCCAGGUUCUCACAUUGAAUUUGCAAAGAAACGAUUGACACUUGGUGAGAACUUAUAUUUUAAAGCUCUUGAAGAUAUCAUGGUACUCGAGCAAAAGCGGUUGCCACCCAAAACGGAUUUUUCUAAUAUGUUGGAUCUUGAUGCUUUUCAGCGUUCUUUAUUUGCCUGCUGUUUAGAAAUUGUGAUAUUCUCUUACAAUUCACAAAGAUCCUUUCCAUGGGUUCUACAGAUAUUCAACCUUCAGCCUUAUCUAUUUUAUAAAGUUAUAGAACUCAUCAUUAGGGCAGAGGAUGGUUUAUCAAGAGAUGUUGUUAAACAUUUAAAUCAUAUUGAGGAACAGAUUUUGGAGUCCCUGGCAUGGAAGCCUGAAUCACUUCUGUGGAGUUCUAUAGAAUCAUCAGGUCUAAAUGUUCCGUCUUGUGAAGAUGUGUCAUUACCAAGGCCUCCUAAUACCAGUAUGACACUUGCAUCUCAACUUGUAUCAUCUCCCCUUGCUCAUCCCAGUGUUCGCCGAGUUACAAGUGAGCGAAAAAAUGCACAAUCUCCGGUGGGUCUGAGUGAGCGGUUUCAGUCCCCAGCUCCUGCUGCCAUGACCAGUGCUCGAAGGAGGCUCUUUCCCACCACAACAGCUUCACCUGCCCCUUUGGCUCCUUCCCAGCCACCUGUGAACAAUGUUGCAUCUACCGGGGAGACGACGACAGUUGUCAAUAAUAGCCACCCCAUCCUUACGACAGGACCUGGGAGAAAUGUGACAAUUAUCCUUCAGCAAGUAAACAACGAAAAUGGAAUUGCAUACUUGCCUGCUCAAAUUACAAGAUCACCUGCUCCGCAAUCCUGUCAACCAAUCACUGCACCAGUUACUGCCAACCUAAAGACUCCAGUGUCAUCAACAAGCCUAGGAACUACUCCACAGACGGCAGCUAACAGCAAUACAUUUCUUAAGCUUGCUCCUUCUGAGACAAUGAAUAAGCCCAAAAGAGUGGGGUCUCUGGCUUUAUUCUUUAGGAAGGUAUAUCAUCUUGCUGGAGUCCGAUUAAAAGAUUUGUGUGAUCACUUAAAUAUACUUGAAGAUGAAUUGCGCCAAAAAAUUUGGACUUGCUUCGAAUAUUCUUUAAUGAAGCAUACAGAUCUAAUGUGUGAUCGCCAUUUAGAUCAGUUGCUGAUGUGUGCUGUUUAUGUCAUAUGCAAAGUUACAAAAGAAGAUAGAAGCUUCCAAGAAAUAAUGAAGCAUUACAGGUUGCAACCUCAAGCUACUAGUCAUAUUUAUCGAAGUGUGCUUUUAGUAAAUAAAGCGCACAAGAAGCGUAGAAAUUCAGGGAGUAGUGACAAUAGUAAAGAUGAAUCUGGUUCUAGUUCUCCUGUGCCUUCGGAGAAUUCUAAAUCGGAUACAACUAAUGAUAAAGAAGACAAAGAGUCUAAGCGAACUGAGCAUUUGAGUACAAUUCGUUCUUCCAGUACGCUUCCAGGACCUCAAAACACUGGCAGUCAACCUCCUACUCCCACCAAAUUAUCUGGUACUGGGACCAGUUUUGAAUUUGAGGAGAGAGGUGAUCUAAUAAACUUUUAUAAUAAGGUCUAUGUGCCAAGAAUUCAAAAAUUUGCUUACAAGUUCUCCCAAACUAAUAAUGGCAUUGAAUCUCCUCCACUUUCUCCUUUACCGAGGUUGAAUGCCCAUCCUUCUUCACCGUGGCGAAGAGUCUCCAACAAGCACUCUGUCUAUAUUGCUCCACUGACCGCAAACAAUGUGUCAUUCCCACCUUCACCAAAGCCUCUUUCAUGUUGUUUCAAUCAGAGUCCAGGAAAGGAUUUAAGAGCCAUUAAUAAUUUUGUGAAACUCGGUGAGAAAAAAGCAGUGAAGCGUAUAUUUCAAGAUGCAACUGAAGCUGAAGUCCCUCCUAAGCUCAGGUGUGAAGAUCUUGCAAUGCGAAAAAUCCAAAACAUCAUGGCGGACAGGCAAUGUGGUAACGACAAUGAAGAAGUCUGAAAAAAUAUUUUAGUGCUCUUUAAACAAGGGGUAAACUGUUGUUCUAGGAAAUACACAAUUUUGGCAAAAUGACAUUGAAAUAUUUAUUUAUUAAUUUUUUAAUGACUAAUAACACUGCAUGGCGAAAAAAAAAACUUCAAAAUGCUUGUGACACCAUUCUUGCUGAUUUUUAUGUAAAAUGACCCUCUGAAUCCAAAUAUGACCACCGUUUUACCCCAGGAUGUCCCACUUUUUAGAAAUGGUGCCGACCAAUUUUUUCCAGUUUUUGCCAAUUUCAUAGACACUCCUUUUAUUUGGAGAGGAAGAAAGUAAUACAUUAACCAUUGUUAGCAUUCUUCUGAAAGGCUUGUGAGGUAUUAAGUUCAAAAGCAAUGAACGUUUAAAGCAAGUUGGGAUUACAUAGUGAUAUUCCUCCCUAUAAUAUUUAAACUAUCAAAACUGAUCUUUUUGUUCCUAGGGGUGUUUUACUAUUUUUCACUUAUUUUUGCGGAAAAACCAAAGUAUAGGACUCUUUCUUAUGAGCUCAGUGUCUAAAACAAUGUUCACGUUGUAAAAAAAAAUGCAUUGCAUAUUGAAUAGUCAAGAGUCCCAUUGCAGAUCCUUCAGGAAAGGAAAUUCCUGUAUUAUUCAACUUACAUAAGAUUAUAAGGAUACCUAAUUUUGUUUUUAAUUUUAAUUAUAUAUUACUUUGAAUGACAUAGAAAGGUUAUUUACUGGUGAUGUGGGGAUCUGCGACUACACAGCAUGUGAUGCUUCCAAUUUUUUUUUUUUUGAACAUGAUAUAUUUUCCAGGCACGAGGGAUUAAGCUCAUUGGCGUAAGUUCUUUACUCUGGUUUUAUGCCAAAAAAAUAAGUGAAAAAUUGCCCGUAGAAAAAAGAGAUUGGUUUUGAUGGUUUAAAUAUCUUUUAGGAGGGAAUUCCUUCAUGAGUCAGUUAACCUGCUCCAAAUGUUCAUGCUUUUGAAUUUUGCAGGUCUCUAUCCCUUCAGAAGAAUGUUAAUUGUUUAUAUAAUGCUACCUUUCCCUGCAAAUAAAAAUAAUGGCUAUGAAAUUGCUGGAAACUGAAAAAAACAUUGUGGGUACCAUUUCCAAAGGGUGAGGCAUAACAGGAAAAAACUCUAGUCAUUAUUUGAUUCAGGGGGUGAUUUUACAUAAGAAUCAGUGAGAAUGGUGUCGGAAGCAUUUUAAAAGAGUUUUUUUGCCAAGCAGUGUAAUUAUUUAUAAAUGAAGAGGUAAUCAGUUUAGCAAUGAAACAAAUUAUUGAAAAGUUUUUAAUAUUUUUCUUGUAAUUAAUUGUAGGUACUUUUGUAUGCAUGAAUACAGUAUUCUCAAAUAAAAGGCCAUGAUAUUUUGCAUUUAAAAUUCAAAAAAAAAAAAGGAUGUUGAAAUAUUUUUCCCUUUCUCUGAAAGGGACAAAUAAUUAAUUGUAAAUGAAAAAUAAUCAUUUAUCAUAUUAAACAAAUUAUGGAAAAAAUUUAAUGAUAGCUUUCUCCUAAUUUAAUUUUAGGUACUGUUGUGUGAAUAAAUCAAAUUAAAUGAAAAGCCAUAAUAUUUUGCAUUUAAAAUUUUUAAAAAGCUAUUUGGAUGUUUUUAUCCAAAGCAUUGUGCUCAUUUGUAUGAAUGUGUGAAGCUCUUUUCAAUACUGCCAUUUUUGUUUGAAGAGUCAAAAUGUAUUGUUGAACUUUUUAUUAGUAUUAUUAGUAUCCCUGUAUAAUUUCAUUUGUUUCAUCUUUUGUUUUAAAAAAUGAAUUUUAACUACUGAAUGUUGUUUCAUGUUAAAUGGCUGUCUUAAAAAAUAUUUAUAAAAUUCUAAUCAUAAACUAUUUUAAUAGAAUUGGUAAACAAUCAAUUCCUUCAUUUAUUGAUCUUUUAAAAAUAGUUGUUUUUUCUUGUUAUAUAUUUGUUAUGUUUUAUCUUCCUUUGUUUCUUUUCUUAGAUUUAUUCAUAUUUU